AUGGAAGCAUCCAACCAGUCUACUGUCACAGAAUUUGUCUUGCUGGGCCUCUCUGCCCACCCAAAACUAGAGAAAACAUUCUUUGUACUCAUCCUAUCAAUGUACCUGGUGAUCUUGAUUGGCAAUGGAGUCCUCAUCCUGGUGACCAUCCUUGACUCCCACCUGCACACACCCAUGUACUUCUUCCUGGGGAACCUGUCAUUUCUGGACAUCUGCUAUACAACUUCCUCAGUCCCACUGGUCCUUGAUGGUUUUCUCACCCCCAGGAAAACCAUCUCUUUCUCAGCCUGUGCAGUACAGAUGUUUCUUUCCUUUGCCAUGGGAGCCACAGAGUGUGUGCUCCUGGGCAUGAUGGCGUUUGAUCGCUACGUGGCCAUCUGCAACCCCCUUAGGUACCCUGUGGUCAUGAGUAAGAUUGCCUAUGUGCCCAUGGCCAUCAGCUCCUGGGUGGCUGGUGGAGCCAACUCCUUGGUGCAGAUCUCUCUUGCAGUACAACUGCCCUUCUGUGGGGACAACGUCAUCAACCACUUCACUUGUGAGAUCCUGGCAGUUCUGAAGUUGGCCUGUGCUGACAUCUCCAUCAAUGUGAUCAGCAUGGGGGUGGCCAAUGUGAUCUUCCUGGGGGUUCCAGUUCUGUUCAUCUUUAUCUCUUACAUCUUCAUUCUUACCACCAUUUUGAGGAUCCCCUCAGCUGAAGGGAGAAAAAAGGCCUUUUCCACCUGCUCUGCACACCUCACUGUGGUGAUCAUCUUCUAUGGGACCAUCCUCUUCAUGUAUGGGAAGCCCAAGUCUAAGGAUCCACAGGGGGCAGACAAACAGGAUCUUUCAGACAAGCUCAUCUCCCUCUUUUAUGGACUUCUGACCCCCAUGCUGAACCCUAUCAUCUACAGCCUGAGGAACAAGGAUGUGAAGGCUGCUGUCAGGAACCUAGUGGCUCAGAAAUGUUUCACAAAGUGA